CGUCUUUUACCGGGAGGAGAUGCAGUUUUGCCGUCUCCCGCUUGCAGAGGGCAGCACUUGCAGAGCGUUGCUUCUCGCCUCUUUUGCCGUGCAGCCUUUUGCGUUCUCUCGCUCCGACUUUAUAAUUCAUGCGCUCCUCAUCUGUAAAGAGAAAGCGCUUAUUUUCCCUUUUGUGACCUGAACUUUUUGGAGGGGGGUCCAAAACAAAAAACAAAAAAGAAAACAAAAAACUCAUUAAUACUUUUGCUUUCUGUUUUGAAAAACCUCGGGACAGCCGACUCCAUCCAUCAGCGCCACUCUUCAUUGUUGAUGCACAUGCAAGGUUCUGGCAGCGCACACAUCGCUUUGCAUUAGACAUGAAUAAUCCAUCCUACAUUCUCGCAUGGGCGGAGCUUUGAUUUCUAGAAAGCAUACACUACACUUUUAAAUAAUAUGAUAUUAACGCUGCGCCUUUUCUUCUAUCCCAUUAAGGCAGAUUUUUGGAGCUGACUAAAGUGCUGGAAAUGCGCGCGCGUCUUCCUAACGGCCGUAUACACGGGGUUUUGCCUUCUUUUGACCAUUAAAACGCAAGCGGAGGCAGAUUGUUCCAAUAUGAAUGGAAGAAGUUUCUUUUUCUUUUAACCUUCUUGUGAUGAAGGACCGGCCUCACGACAGAGUGAGAGAUACCGCGUCGGAACCGACAGCUGCAUUCAGGGUGACCCUAGAGACAGCUUUACUUCCAAGUGACAUUCACUUGAGGCCAUCUCCAGCAUGAAGUGACACAGCAUUGUUGAUCCCUGUUUCUUCUUAUUUUUUUCUGCCUAUCUUUCUACCUGUCAAAUUAGCUGUUACACAGCAUGCCUCAAUGUUUACUUGCAACACCAACAGAAGCAUUAUGGAAGUGAAAGAGCGACGUCCAUACUGUUCACUCACUAAAGCCCACAAGGACAAAGAAGGGCCAUAUCCUGGUGACAAUGCUAUUGGCCAGCAAGAAGGGCGUGUUCCGACUCAAAAGUCUUACUCCUCCAGUGAGACACUCAAAGCCUUUGACAAGCACCAAGAGCAGACCAGGAUAUUUUAUGGGUCAUCAAAAGAACAUAAGGACACUAUUCACCGUGGCAAGGAUGAUUAUAACAUAGACGGUCACCAUUUAAGUCUUCGUCAACUGGGCAUCUGCGAACCAACAUCCCACCAUGGCCUAGUAUUCUGCUCUGAGAUGGGCCUCCCCCACCGUGGUUUUUCUGUUGCUACAGCCCAAGACCAAGAUGUGGACAGUCAAGCUGUAAUGUCACCAGAGCGAGCGCUGCGAUUGUGGGACCGUGGAGGUUUGGGCAAAUCAUCUCGGAGGAGUUCCUGUCUGUCAAGCCGCUCAAACUCAGUGCUGACUCUUACUGAUACAGAACAUGAGAACAAGUCUGACAGUGACAACGGUUUCCCCAUGCCCUCUCCUACCUGUCCAUCAUCUGCCAUUGACCAAACACAUGCCCAUUCAGCCAGUCUACAUGACAACCCACUGUUAAGUGAAUCGACUGAGCAAGAGGAAAAAGAGACGGCGCAAGUGGAUUAUACUGCGCGAUUGUACUUACCUCCAAAGCAUGAGCAACCAUCCAAUCACCACAGCUCCACUUUGCCUCCGGUGGCACCCCCGUAUCGGCAGCAGCCCUCAGUCACAGCUCUCAACCAGUCACUGGGCUCUGACCAUCACUCCGGUCACCUGCUGAAUUCCAUUCGUCAACAAACUCCUCCCACUGGAAACCCGGCCCCCGUGGCCGGCCAAUCGCCUGCCGAGCUGCAGACCACGCCCCCAGAGAGCGUCCCGCUGCAAGACAGCUGGGUGCUGGGUAGCAAUGUGCCUCUGGAAACAAGGCACUUCCUUUUUAAAACCGGCACGGGUACUACUCCCCUCUUCUCCACUGCAACACCCGGCUACACAAUGGCUACAGGCUCAGUUUACUCCCCUCCUACCAGACCUUUGCCAAGAAACACCUUGUCACGUUCAGCCUUCAAGUUUAAAAAAUCCUCCAAAUAUUGCUCGUGGAGAUGUACAGCCCUCAGUGCAGUAGGACUUUCUGUGCUGCUCUCUAUCCUGCUCUGUUACUGCAUAGCAAUGCACCUCUUUGGUCUGAACUGGCAGCUCCGGGAGAGUGAUGGAUAUGGAGCGUUUGAAAAUGGAGGUGUUGGACGAGAUACCACUCCUAACACCUUUAUGGUAUCCACCGACAAUGGUAAAAUUCUCCUCGAAAACAACACUAUCGACACAGGGGAAGUGGAUGUGGGGAGACGAACAAUUCAAGAUGUCCCGCCAGGUGUGUUUUGGAGGUCACAACUUUACAUUGACCAACCACAGUUCCUGAAAUUUAACAUUUCAGUGCAAAAAGAUGCCCUUGUUGGAGUGUAUGGACGGAAAGGUUUACCACCCUCACACACACAGUAUGACUUUGUGGAGCUCCUUGAUGGAAGUCGACUAAUUUCCAAAGACAAGCGAUCCCUGAGUGACACAGACAUGGCACAUGUACACUCACUCAGUGGUUUUGAAAAUGACCCUGGAGAAGAGGUCCGUCAUAGAAGAUCAGUGAAUGUACAUGAGGCUGGCUUCAUCCAAUACCUGGACAUGGGCAUUUGGCAUCUGGCAUUUUACAAUGAUGGCCGUAAUACAGAACAAGUGUCUUACAAUACGUUCAUCAUCGAGUCCAUUAUGGAGUGUCCCCAGAAUUGUCAUGGAAACGGAGAUUGUCUCUCAGGAAUAUGCCAUUGUUUUCCUGGAUUUCUGGGACCUGACUGCUCUCGAUCUUACUGCCCUGUGCUGUGCAGUGGGAAUGGUCAGUAUUCCCGUGGACGCUGCCAGUGCUACAGCGGGUGGAAAGGCGCAGAGUGUGAUGUGCCCUCCAACCAAUGUGUUGACAUCCAUUGUGGAGGACAUGGCAUCUGCAUAAUGGGCGCCUGCAUUUGCAAUACUGGUUACCAGGGAGACAAUUGUGAAGAAGUGGAUUGCAUAGAUCCCAGUUGUUCAGCCCAUGGGGUGUGCAUUCAUGGCGAAUGUCACUGCCAGCCAGGCUGGGGUGGAGCAAGCUGUGAAAUUGCCAAGGCUAUGUGUCCGGACCAGUGUUCAGGUCAUGGCACAUACAACACAGAAACCAGUACUUGCAUCUGUGACCAGAAUUGGACUGGGCCAGAUUGUUCCUUAGAGCUGUGUGAAGUGGACUGUGGAAACCACGGCAUUUGUUAUGGUGGUUUGUGUCGGUGUGAGGAGGGAUGGACUGGACUUGUAUGUGAUCAGAAGGCCUGCCACCCAUUGUGUAGCAAGAACGGGGUGUGUAAGGAGGGAAAGUGUGAGUGUGACCAGGGCUGGACUGGGGAGCAUUGCAAUAUUGCUCACAAUCCGGAUAUUAGAGUAAAAGAGGGUUGUCCAGGUCUCUGCAACAACAAUGGAAGAUGCACCCUGGAAGCGAGUGGCUGGCAUUGUAUCUGCCAGUCAGGAUGGCGAGGAGCGGGAUGUCAUGUCGCCAUGGAAACCAUCUGUACUGAUGGCAAGGACAAUGAAGGAGAUGGCUUGACAGAUUGUACGGAUCCAGACUGCUGUGUACAGCCUUCCUGUCAGAACCAGUUGUACUGCAAAGGAUCACCUGACCCAGUGGAAGUACUUAGCCAGUCCCCAUCAACACUGACUCCUCAGCAGGCUGCCAGGUCUUUCUACCAGCGCAUCUACUUCCUCCUUGGUCCUGAAUCCACUCAUGUCAUAUUUGGUGACAGUCCAUUUAAUAGAAGUUUGGUGUCAGUAAUCCGGGGUCAGGUUUUGACAGCGGAUGGAACACCCCUGAUUGGAGUCAACGUGUCAUUUGUUGACUACCCUGAACAUGGAUACACUGUUACACGCAAUGACGGCAUGUUCGAUCUACUAGUCAAUGGUGGUGCAUCCCUGACGUUGGGUUUUGAACGUGCUCCAUUCCUGACCCAGUACCGAACGGUGUGGGUGCCUUGGAAUGUAUUCUACGUGAUGGAUACUCUGGCCAUGAAGAAGGAGGAGAAUGACAUUCCCAGCUGUGACCUGAGUGGUUUUGUCAGACCCAGUCCUGUCAUUGUUGCUUCUCCCUUGUCCACAUUUUCCAGAAGUUCACCUAAGGAUGGCCCCAUUAUACCAGAAACCCAGGUUUUACAAGAAGAAACCACAAUACCUGGCAGUCAUCUUAACUUGAUUUACCUGAGUUCAAGAGCUGCAGGUUAUAAACCCGUCCUCAAAGUCACCAUGACACAGUCAUCAAUACCUUUUAACCUGAUGAAGGUUCACCUGAUGGUAGCCGUGGUGGGACGUCUCUUCCAAAAAUGGUUCCCCGCUCAGCCAAAUCUUUCUUACACUUUCAUUUGGGACAAGACGGAUGCUUACGGCCAACGUGUUUAUGGGUUAUCAGAGGCAGUUGUAUCGGUGGGGUUUGAAUAUGAGUCCUGCCUAGACCUGAUCCUAUGGGAGAAGAGAACAGCCAUUUUACAAGGAGACGAGAUGGACGCUUCUAACAUUGGAGGAUGGACUCUCGAUAAACAUCACAUUCUGGAUAUACAAAAUGGCAUCCUGUACAAAGGCAACGGUGAGAAUAUAUUUGUUUCCCAGCAACCUCCUGUCAUCAGUAGCAUAAUGGGAAAUGGACGGCGCCGUAGCAUCUCUUGCCCCAGCUGCAAUGGGCAAGCAGAGGGUAAUAAGCUGUUGGCACCCCUUGCAUUGGCGUGUGGUGCUGAUGGCAGCCUGUACGUCGGAGACUUUAACUACAUCAGGAGGAUCUUCCCAUCAGGAAAUGUUACCAGUGUGAUGGAGCUUAGCAACAACCCUGCCCAUCGGUACUAUAUGGCUACUGAUCCAGUGACAGGACAGCUUUAUGUGUCAGACACCAACUCACGCCGUAUCUACCGACCAAAGAACCUCAGUGGUGCCCGUGACCUCAUCAGUAAUGGGGAGGUUGUAGCUGGCACUGGUGAACAAUGUCCACCAUUCGAUGAAGCACGGUGUGGAGAUGGAAGAAAAGCUACAGAAGCUCAGUUACUGGGACCUAAAGGGAUUGCAGUUGACAAAAAUGGUUUGAUCUACUUUGUGGAUGGGACGAUGAUCAGAAAAGUGGACCGCAAUGGUAUCAUUUCCACAGUCCUGGGAAGCAAUGACUUAACCUCUGCCCGCCCUCUGACCUGUGAUAACAGCAUGCACAUAAGACAGGUUCGUUUGGAAUGGCCCACUGAUCUAGCGAUUAGUCCCAUGGACAACUCCAUCUAUGUUUUGGACAACAAUAUUGUGCUGCAGAUCACUGAAAAUAGAGAGGUUCGUAUAGUGGCAGGGCGUCCCAUGCACUGCCAAGUACCUGGUAUUGAAUACACGAUGGGAAAGAGAGCAGUUCAGACCAUGCUAGAGGGAGCAACAGCCAUUACCUUGUCCUACAAUGGCAUUCUCUACAUCACAGAGACAGACGAGAAAAAAAUUCAUCGCAUUCGACAGGUGUCAACUGAUGGAGAAAUUACUUACCUUGCCGGCGCACCAUCUGAUUGUGACUGCAAGAAUGAUGCCAAUUGUGACUGUUACCAAACAGGGGAUGGUUAUGCUAAAGAUGCAAGACUUAACUGCCCUUCCUCUUUGGUCGUUUCUCCGGACGGGACCCUGUAUGUUGCAGACCUAGGAAAUAUCCGCAUUCGAGCAAUCCGCCGCAAUCAACCACUUACCGGCUCCUUGGCAUCUGGUCCCGGUUACUAUGAAGUGGCCUCUCCAGCCGCCCAGGAGCUCUAUGUGUUUGACUUAAAUGGAACUCACCAAUCCACAGUAUCCCUGGUCACUGGAGACUAUAAAUAUAAUUUUAGCUACAGCAAUGAAGAGGAUUUGACAGCGGUGACUGACAGCAGCGGUAACACCCUCCGUAUCCGUAGGGAUACGAACAGGAUGCCUGUUCGUGUGGUCACCCCAGACAAUCAGGUCAUCUGGCUGACCAUCGGAACAAAUGGGGGACUGAAGUCUCUCACAGCUCAGGGUCAAGAGAUGGUCUUGUUUAGUUACCAUGGCAACAGUGGAUUGCUCGCAACCAAAAGCAUCCAAAUUGGUUGGACUACAUUCUAUGAUUAUGACAGCGAGGGUCGUUUGACUAAUGUUACCUUCCCGACCGGCGUGGUUACCAAUCUCCACGGCGACAUGUCAUCAGGCGCCGUUGCUGUGGAUAUUGAGACGUCAGGGAGGGACGAGGAUGUUUCCAUAACGACCAACCUGUCAUCAAUAGACUCAUUCUACACUCUGGUGCAGGACCAGCUUCGAAACAGCUACCAAGUGGGUAAUGACCAUUCUCUCAGGGUAAUCUAUGCCAAUGGGAUGGAUACACAUUAUCAGACAGAGCCUCAUAUUCUGGUCGGUGCUGCUAACCCAAUUGUAGCGCGACGCAACAUGACACUCCCUGGAGAGAAUGGCCAAAACUUGGUGGAGUGGAGAUUUAGGAAGGAACAGACACGAGGAAAAAUCAUUGUUUUUGGGAGAAAGCUUAGAGUGAAUGGAAGGAACCUGUUGUCUGUCGAUUAUGAUCGCAACCUACGAACAGAGAAAAUUUAUGAUGAUCAUCGGAAGUUCCUUCUGAAAAUCAUCUAUGACACCCAAGGGCAUCCGACACUGUGGGUACCAAGCAGCAAGCUGCUCGCUGUUAACCUUACAUACUCCAGUACGGGGCAGGUAACUGGCCUGCAAAGGGGUCCAACUACAGAGAAGUGGGAGUAUGACAGUCAAGGAAGAAUCACUUCACGACUAUUUGCUGAUGGAAAGACUUGGAGCUACACUUAUUUAGAUAAGUCCAUGGUCUUACUGCUGCAUAGCCAGCACCAGUACAUUUUCGAUUAUGACUCAGGAGACCGCCUGUCAGCCGUUACCAUGCCGAGUGUGGCUCGACACACCAUGCAGACCAUCAGAUCAAUCGGUUACUACAGAAAUAUCUACACUCCACCUGAGAGCAACGCCUCAGUUACGGUGGACUUCUCUGAAGAUGGGCAGCUACUUAGAGUUGCCCAUCUUGGAACUGGACGCCGUAUAUUGUACAAAUAUCGGAGACAGAACAAGCUGGCAGAGAUUUUGUAUGAUUCAACUCGGGUCAGUUUCACAUACGAUGAGACGGCUGGCGUGCUGAAAACGGUCAACUUGCAGACUGAAGGUUUUAUCUGCUCUAUACGGUAUCGCCAAAUUGGCCCAUUGGUCGAUCGGCAGAUAUUCCGCUUCAGCGAGGAUGGAAUGGUGAACGCACGCUUUGACUAUACCUAUGACAACAGCUUCAGAGUCACCAGCAUGCAGGCUGUAAUCAAUGAAACGCCACUGCCAAUCGAUCUCUAUCAAUUUGAUGACAUAUCAGGAAAAAUGGAGCAAUUUGGAAAGUUUGGAGUCAUUUAUUAUGACAUCAACCAGAUCAUUUCCACAGCGGUUAUGACCUACACCAAGCACUUUGACCAGCAUGGUCGUAUCAAGGAGAUCCAAUAUGAAAUCUUCAGGUCUCUGAUGUACUGGAUCACCAUCCAGUAUGAUAACAUGGGCCGAGUCACCAAGCGAGAAAUCAAAAUAGGACCAUUUGCCAACACGACCAAAUAUGGCUAUGAGUAUGAUGUCGAUGGGCAGCUGCAGACAGUCUCACUCAACGAAAAAAUGAUGUGGAGGUAUAAUUAUGACCUAAAUGGGAACUUACAUUUGCUGAAUCCGGGAAACAGCGGUCGAUUGACACCUCUUCGUUACGACCUCAGAGACAGAAUCACUCGUCUCGGAGAUGUUCAGUACAAGAUGGAUGAAGAUGGGUUUCUAAGACAGAGAGGGGCAGAGAUAUUUGAAUACAACUCCAAAGGUCUUCUUGUUCGGGUGUACAGUAAAGCCGCUAGUUGGACCAUCCAGUACCGUUAUGACGGUCUGGGUCGACGAGUGGCAGCCCGGAACAGUCUAGGACAACAUCUGCAGUUCUUCUAUGCUGACUUGAACUAUCCAACCAGGAUCACACAUGUUUAUAAUCACUCCAGCUCUGAAAUCACCUCUUUUUACUAUGACUUGCAGGGCCACGUUUUUGCUAUGGAAAUCAGCAGUGGAGAAGAGUUUUAUAUUGCAUGUGAUAACACUGGGACCCCACUGGCUGUCUUCAGCAACAAUGGACUCUUACUAAAGCAGGUGCAGUACACGGCUUACGGCGAGAUUUACUUCGAUUCAAACCCAGACUUUGUGAUUGUAAUUGGCUUCCACGGAGGCUUGUAUGAUCCGCUGACACGAUUGCUACAUUUCGGAGACAGAGAUUACGACAUUCCCGCUGGGAGGUGGACUACCCCUGAUGUCAGCACAUGGACCAGGGUUGGUAAAGACCCUCAACCUUUCAAUCUGUACAUGUUCCAAGGCAACAAUCCCAUCAGCAAAAUCCAUCAAGUCAAAGAAUAUGUGACAGAUGUCAACAUCUGGUUGGUCACGUUUGGAUUCCAUCUUCACAAUGCAAUUCCGGGAUUCCCCAUUCCAAAAUUUGACUUGACACAGCCAUCACUGGAGAUGAAAAAAAGUCAGCUGUGGGAUGACCUGCCUUCUAUUUCAGGUGUCCAGCAGGAGGUGACUCGCCAAUCACGGGCCUUCCUGUCUUUUGAGCGGAUGCCAGAAAUUCAGCUUAGCCGACGCCAUACCUACAACACUAAACCGUGGCUUUGGUUUGCCAGAAUCAAGUCUUUAAUUGGGAAAGGAGUGAUGCUUGCUGUCAUCCAAGGUCGUGUGGUGACCAGCGUGCUUAACGUUGCCAAUGAAGACUGUAUCAAAGUGGCUGCAGUGCUAAAUAAUGCCUUUUACCUAGAAGAUCUGCAUUUUACAGUGGAAGGUCGAGACACGCACUACUUCAUCAAGACUAGCUUGCCCGAGAACGAUCUCGGUGCACUUCGGCUCACCUCGGGACGCAAAUCACUGGACAAUGGCGUGAACGUGACAGUGUCACAGUCUACAACUGUGAUGAAUGGCCGUACGCGGCGUUUUGCUGAUGUGGAACUGCAAUACGGGGCCCUGGCGCUGCGCGUGCGUUACGGGACAACGCUGGAUGAGGAGAAAGCACGAGUCCUGGAACACGCGAGGCAGAGAGCUUUGACAAGUGCCUGGACCCGUGAACAGCAGCGCGUGAGAGACGGCGAGGAGGGAGUUCGGCUGUGGACCGAGGGAGAGAAAAGGCAGCUUCUCAGCAGUGGGAAAGUUUUGGGUUACGAUGGAUAUUACGUCUUGUCUAUAGAGCAGUACCCGGAGCUUGCUGACAGUGCCAACAACAUCCAGUUCUUACGUCAGAGUGAGAUAGGGAAGAGGUAACAGGGCAUCGUCGUUCUACACCAAGGACUGUUGUUGACUCCAAAAAGAUUUGAAAACAUGUUCCAUUUAAACAAUAAAUGGAUGUCAGAGACUGAACUGAAUGAGUCAAAUGCAGACACUGACGAGCUCCGUGUUUGCAAAUUUUUGUCUAAAGACAAUAAGGCAUUACAAACUUGGUGAAACAAUCAGGUCCAUAUAUCUGAUAAACAGUACAAAUCUCAUUGGAAUUAAGAGGAAAAACAAGAAAAGCUUCAGUCUCUUUGACCUAUGCCUUUUCUUUUUCGUUUGUUCUUUGAACUGCCUUUGAACAAGCAGAAUAUGCAUGCACGUCCCACCAUCUCACUUGGUCUGCGGCAGGCGAGGCUAAACUGAAUGCUGUGUGUCAAGCUGUGAUAACAGUGGGAAUUAAAGACUGGUUUAGGAGAGGUAAGGGAGCAUUUCAGGAGUUGUCUAAGCUGAAUGAGUCGCCAAACAUUUCAAAGGUUCUAAAAAACUGUUCGCGCAAUGAAGAAAAAUGUCUGCUGAUAUAAAGCUGAUGUUGCCUCUAUCAAAAUAUCCGCCCUGGACCCGGAUAUAACUUUUACCAUUGGUUUUUGACCCCUAUAGGCCAGUACCUGUAAAGGGUCUUUUUUUUGUUUGUUUGUUUUUAAUGGCUGGGGCAAUCAAACAGAACUGUUGUGGACUCUCUCCGAGAGAGAAUAGCACGUAAAAUGUCUAUGAUUUGUAGGAAGGAAAGAAAAGGAUUACCUGUUGGAAUAUUUUUGUUUUGUAUUAUACUGAAAUAUUGUAUUGCAUUUGCUAGGGAAAAAGGGGCGGGGGCAUAAAAAUGAAGACGUGUUUACAUUCUAUACCAUGACCACCACCCCAGAAAACAUGAUCUUAAAGCGGAAGUUCAGAAUUUUUGACUUUAGGCUUAAUCUUCGAAUGAGUGUAGGUUUAAUUAGUCGCUGGAGUUGAUUACAACAAAUUCCGUGCAGUUUGUUAGUUAUUAGUUUCAGGGCUCCGGAGUGGCUAAGCUAGCGCGAGUUAAUGGUCCUGUCUUGGAAUGCCAAUAAAAAAACAACAGAUCUAACAUACUCGAAUAAAUUCAAAAUGCAAAUCAUUGUUCCAAAUAUCCAUGCGACCAAAACAAUGUCACAAACUGCCGUAAUUCAUUUAAUUCUGGGGGACUAUAUUUUUAGAUACGUAAUAUGACCACAAUGUCGAGUGCUUCGGCCACUCGUGCUCAUGCUGCAUUUGAGGAGGGUGGGAAGUUGGACUUAUCCCACUAGGAUGGUACCAGUUGCGACCUCAAAGCGUUCCAAGUGAAUGUAAACAGCAAGAUGGCUGAUCGCGACAAGUAUUUUUUUUUAUAUUGGCCAUCAAAAGCUAUUUUGACCUUCAGCAAACCUAAGCGAUCAAAUAGUGGAGGAAAAACGACAGCGAAAGUAAAUAGCACACACUGGAAACUGCCUUCUUUAGUUUUACUCGUCGGUCUGCUUUUCGACGGCCAGCGCUAUUUUGCCGAGUGACGUCAGACUGAAGCAAUUUGUGAGGUGGGGUGUGGAGUCCUUUUUUUCUUCCGACUUCGCGACUAGGGCCUCCCAGUUCGAGUGGUGUUCCGAUGAUAUUUUUCGUGGACGGAGGUUGGAAAACUCAGACUUCCCACCUUCCUUGAAUGCAGCAUCAGUCUACGAGUCUUGACUGAAGAAUAGCAACAUGGUGAAAUGUGCAUUUAGAGGCUUUGGAAACAGACAGAAGAAAUGGGCAAAUGAAAGUUUCCACAAUUUCUCUAUGAAGAACUAGGAACAAUAUAAACUGUGGUUACGUGCUCCUGGCUGCGACAUAAACCCACCUGUGGAAAGACUAUCAUUCCGUAAUGCAGCCUGUUCCCUGCAGAGCUGUGGAUUUCAAAUGUCUCUGUUCAUACUACAAUUAUUGAAAUGCAAUGGUAAAUUUUAAUAACUUUUUCCUGAAAAUACUGUAUAGCCAACACUAUUGAAUGCAUUUAAUCGUAGUAAUCAUCGGUGAUUCUCAUGCGUGCAUAUUAGGUCUGCAACUAACGAUUAUUUUUAUAAUCGAUUAAUCGGAUGAUUAAUUAAACAAUCGAAUAAAUGUCACUUUUUUUCAAUUACCUUCACAAUUUAACUUGGUUGUUGUAAGCAUGUCUUAAGUAACCCUGAAGACAAAAUGGAUGACUAUAACUGUAGUCUACAACUGUACUGUUUUAAGUACAUAAAACUUCUGAGUGUAAAGCAUUAAAAUAAUUUCUCAGUACACAAAUCAGGCAAAAGUACUGUUCAUUCAUUUAUUUAUUUUUUUGCGGGCAAAGAGCUGAUAUGAAUUGUGUCAUUGACUCAUUUAUUUUCUUUAUACAAACUAAACAACAAAAUCUAAUAAGGAGCAAGCAGACUGUAAUGAAUGUUUUCUUUACCAAACAGUUGUUUAUGAAUACAACCCUAAUCCAAUUUCAAAGCACUCUAGUAUGACAAUUUACAGUUUGAGUUUGUGUUGAAAGGAGAGACUAAGCUAGGGUGACCAUAUUUCGAUUUCGGAAAAAAAAAAGACACUCGGCCUGGCCCCGGCCUUAAAUUUUACUCGAAACUCACUCAAAGAUGCCUAAUUCUCUUGUAAUAUAAUUAAUAUAAUAUAUAUAUAUGCCUCCUCCGUCUGGAUUGAAAAAUUCAGUUUUAUAAUUAUUAAUAUAUAAUAUAUACACUCACCGGCCACUUUAUUAGGUACACCAUGCUAGUAACGGGUUGGACCCCCUUUUGCCUUCAGAACUGCCUCAAUUCUUCAUAGCAUAGAUUCAACAAGGUGCUGGAAGCAUUCCUCAGAGAGUUUGGUUCAUAUUGACAUGAUGGCAUCACGCAGAUAUGUCGGCUGCACAUCCAUGAUGCAAAUCUCCCGUUCCACCACAUCCCAAAGAUGCUCUAUUGGAUUGAGAUCUGGUGACUGUGGAGGCCCUUUGAGUACAGUGAACUCAUUGUCAUGUUCAACAAACUAAUGUGAGAUGAUUCCAGCUUUAUGACAUGGCGUAUUAUCCUGCUGAAAGUAGCCAUCAGAAGUUGGGUACAUUGUGGUCAUAAAAGGAUGGACAUGGUCAGCAACAAUACUCAGGUAGGCUGUGGCGUUCCAACAAUGCUCAAUUUGUACCAAGGGGCCCAAAGAGUGCCAAGAAAAUAUUCCCCACACCAUUACACCACCAGCUUGAACCGUUGAUACAAGGCAGGAUGGAUCCAUGAUUUCAUGUCGUUGACGCCAAAUUCUGACCCUACCAUCCGAAUGUCGCCGCAGAAAUCGAGACUCAUCAGACCAGGCAACGUUUUUGCAAUCUUUUAUUGUCCAAUUUCGAUGAGCUUGUGCAAAUUGUAGCCUCAGUCUCCUGUUCUUAGCUGAAAGGAGUGGCACUCGGCGUGGUCUUCUGCUGCUCUAGCCCAUCUGCCUCAAAGUUCGACGCACUGUGCGUUCAGAGAUGCUCUUCUGCCUACCUUGGUUGUUGUAACGGGUGGUUAUUUGAGUCACUGUUGCCUUUCUAUCAGCUCGAACCAGUCUGGCCAUUCUCCUCUGACCUCUGGCAUCAACAAGGCAUUUCCGCCCACAGAACUGCCGCUCACUGGAUAUUUUUUCUUUUUCCGACCAUUCUCUGUAAACCCUCGAGAUGGUUGUGCGCGAAAAUCCCAGUAGAUCAACAGUUUCUGAAAUACUCAGUCCAGCCCAUCUGGCACCAACAACCAUGCCACGUUCAAAGUCACUCAAAUCACCUUUCUUCCCCAUACUGAUGCUCGGUUUGAACUGCAGGAGAUUGUCCUAAACCAUGUCUACAUGCCUAAAUGCACUGAGUUGCCGCCAUGUGAUUGGCUGAUUAGAAAUUAAGUGUUAACGAGCAGUUGGACAGGUGUACCUAAUAAAGUGGCUGGUGAGUAUAUAUAUGGCGGAAAAUACAGACAAAACUGAAAAAGCAGUUUCUGCUCUUGCACUCCUCUUUUAAAGAAACUGCUGUAUUUUAAGCCAAAACAACUGUUGUGUUCGGUAGAACAAUAUGUCUAUAUGCUGCCAUAGCAGAUUCACGUACACAUCACAGACAUGGCGCAUGAAGUCCCCGAACUAUUUUUAAUUUGUCCGUUUUACCCUGAAAACCCCCAUUUACAGACAUCGUGCAACCGCUUUUGUUUCAAUCUAGCCAUAAAAAGAAGGUAAGCAAUUAUAUUUAUUCUUCGAAAUGUCCGCCAUUUUUAGCUUAAAAUCAUUAAUUGAUGUCUAAUAUUUAGUUUAAAAAAAGAAAACGACUUAAAAAAUUAUUCACUCGCAUAUUUUAAACUUUUAAACAAAUUACGUCACAAUGAAAAAUUUGGCGUCUGUAAAAAAGUCACGGAUUUCUACCUCAUGACUAUCGCUUAAUUGUAUUUUUUUGUUUGUUUUUUCGCAUUUUCCCCGAUAUGUUGAUAAAUAAUCGAUCCAAACAAAGAAAAAUGGAAAAAUAACGUUUAAAAGGGUAAAAAUGUGAAAAAGAAAAUCUCAAUCACUCCUGUGUCUGUCCUGUCUGUGAUUUCUGCACCGCGACCCUUGUUAUAUCAACAUGUUUCACCCAUAAAAUCCCCCAAAAAUCUGGCUGUGGCCAUUCACAGCUGUGUCUUGACACUCGGUGAUACAUGCUACAUGGAGUUUUUGGAUCGAAACAAGGUAAAUACGUGAUAAUAUCUCGUUAAAAUCGUGGCGUCUUUAAUUCUGCUCUCGCGUGCUCUCGCCUCCAGUUACGGAUUUGCUGUUUGAAAUAUAUAUAUAUAUAUUUCAAUUUUUUAAAAUGCCUUCCUGUUCAAAAUUUUUCUUCCCCCAGAAAUUUUAGAUUUUAAGCUUUCCAAUGAUGUAUCACACAUGCAUAUCGGACAAUUUUUAAAUUUGGCCAAAUUGAGGGUCUCAGAGCGGAACUUCAAGUCACCUGAGUGUUUUCCGUCAUAUAUAUAUAUAUACAUAU